UAUGCGGAAAUCGAUCAAUUGAAAUUAACAUAUGUUUAUAUGUUUAUAUGAUAAAAGAAACAACACGAAAAUAAAAUGAGUCACGCAACUGCAUACAGCUGUACGGCCCAGGUCUACACCAGCUUCCGGCCUCCUUUUGUUUCCGGUUGUGACACGCGCCAGCACUGGGGAGAAACAUGGCGGACUAAGGAUGAUAAAGCGGUUUCAUUUGAAAUGUUCACAAGUCAAGCUCGUAUCGACCGCAAAACUGGUCCAGACAAUCUUGGCCGAUUUGAAUAUUUACAGGCCCUAGUGACAGAGUUUCAGGAUACUGAUAGACAAGGAUCUAAAGAGGAAAUCCUAGCAAAUCUUGCCAACUUUGCAUAUGAUCCUAUUAACUAUGAGCACUUCAAGAAGCUCAAUGUGGUGGACUUGUUUCUUGAUAUGCUAACGGAAGACAACGAGAAGUUUGUUGAGUUUGGAAUUGGAGGAUUGUCUAACUGUAGCCUGGAUAAGGAAAACAAACAGCACAUUAUUGACAAUGGUGGUAUCUCCUUGGUUGUCAACUGUUUGUCAAGUUCAAAUGAAGAGACUGUGUUGUCAGCCAUAACCACCCUGAUGUUCCUUACUACACCACAGACACAGCAAGAAAUCACUUCAGAGCCUGUAGUGGACUGUAUGGAGAGAUUUACAACCUCUUCAAAUACAAGACUUAGUAACUUGGCUAAGGUUUUCCUUCAGGAUUACUGCAAAAGAACUUAUUCACUUGAAAAAGAGUCUAAGUCAUAAAACAAAUGGUGACCAGGCCAGGGUGCAGUCAGUACUAAUGUGUGGACUUUCACUACAGUCACUGGUAACCAUGACAUCUUGGGAAGGGCAUUUGUCUUGCUUCAAAGCCUUUUCUAGUGGUGCAGUGUUCCGCUUGAUUAAUCAAAGGCAAAAUGACUUAACAAUACAGUAUGCAGUGUUAACAUUGAAGGUAGUCGUAAAGUGAAUUAGCUGUUUGUUACUGACAUUGCAGCAAUCCCAUAUAAAAAGGACCGGUGUGCUUGUCAUACCUUUUAGGGGUUAAAAAAGCAGUUUUGGUGCCUCUUAGGGAUUUCAGCCUCAGAAGGUCCACAAUGGGAACUUUUUCGGUACCUUUUAGGGUAUUGAGCCAUAAUAAAUAUAACAGAAGAUAUUUGAAAAUCAACUGACC